CUCCAUGGAUUUCGCGGAGCGUGCACGGAGGUACCAGGAGUACGUGGAGGCGCUCGAGGAGGAGCGCCGGAAGAUCGAGGUGUUCCAGCGCGAGCUCCCCCUCUGUCUCCAGCUCGUCACCCAAGCUAUCGAGGGCAUUAGGAUACAGAUCGGGAGCAGCGAGGAGAUGGUGACGGAUGGGCCAGUGCUGGAGGAGUUCAUCCCCUUGAAGCCGACCUCCUCUUCGAUCGAAGAGGAGAAGGGUGGCUUGAUGGAGAUCGAACAAGAGAGAUCGGAGAAGAAGCCGGAUUGGCUCCGAUCGGUCCAGCUCUGGAACCAGGAGACAGACCAUUCACUUCCUAAAGGGGAGCCUCCGAAGAAGCCGAUCGCGGUGAAUGCUAAGAAGAGCAGCGGAGCCUUUCACCCAUUUGAAAGAGAGAAGCACGUCCCGGCGGUGCCGGCGGGGGCGGCCGCGAGCUCAUCCACGGUUGGCGGCGGCGGCGGCGGCGGGGAGAAAGAGAAGGAUAAGGAGGGCCAGUCCCAGCCUCCCAGAAAGGCAAGGCGGUGCUGGUCACCGGAGCUCCACUGCCGGUUCCUCCAUGUUCUCGACCAGCUCGGUGGCUCCCACGCGGCGACGCCGAAGCAGAUCCGGGAGCUGAUGAAGGUGGACGGUCUCACCAACGACGAAGUCAAGAGUCAUUUGCAGAAAUACCGGCUGCAUGCUCGACGGCCAAACCCAGCAGUCCAGAGCAGCAGCGCUGGCAGCCCCCCGGCUCCACAGUUUGUAGUUGUCGGCGGAUUAUGGGUCCCACCGCCGGACUAUGCAGCUGCAGCGGCUGCACAGCCAUCUGAUGGUGCUGGUGCUUCCUCAAAUGGAGUCUAUGCUCCUGUUGCAUCGCUGCCAUCCAAUUUGAGAUACCAAAAGCAGCAGCGUGAGAAGCCCUCACAUAGGUCUCCCACUGGGCCACUACAUUCAGAAGGUAGAGGCAGUGGAGAUGAUGGUGCUACUACCUCUACUUCCCCCACCACCUCCUCAUCUUCUCAAACUACUGCUUCACCUUCAUUUUGACUCUUCAGAGAGUAGCUGUAGAGCAUUUUUUUGGGUUUUUUUUGUAAUGAGGGCUUGUCACCUUCUAUGUUUUCUGUGAUGAAAGUAAAUAAAUAGAUAUAAAUACACAUGAAAUAUAUAUGUUUUGUUGUUUAUCUGAUGACCUGUAUGCGAACAACAACUCAGUUAAAACAUCUUCAGUAGAGUUUGCCAA